AUGAGGUCCUCCCGUCGCGGGGAAGAUGGAAAGAAGCUGUUCGUCUAUGACCGUCGCUUUCAGCACAGCAACAGAAGAGAGGAGUGGCUGGUGACGACCGAGUUGGACUUUACCGGAUUUCUCUGGACAAUUUCUGAGACAUUUUCAGUGCGACCCAAUGAAAAGUUUCUUUUGGUCACGACAGACAGGACAGUUCUGGAUAAAGACAAGUUCUCGCGGCUACAAUAUGGUGCCUGUCUGUACAUGCUGCUGACAGAGGACCAACCACUGGAGGUGCCAGCCGAGGAGCUCAUUUUUUUCACUCCACAUCAUGAUACCAUAUUGGAAAGUGGCUCAUACAAAUACUACGAAAGUGAAGGCAAAAAGGCACUGCCACAUGCUCUGGCUGAUCUGGUUGACAACUCUAUUUCGGCUACAGUCAAUAACACUGGAGAGCGAGUGAUAGAGAUUCGACUGGUUCCUGAGGAUAGCGGAAAAGCAUCACUCAUUGUUUUGGACAAUGGCUGUGGUAUGACGUCUAAACAACUCAACAACUGGGCCGUUUACAAGCUCUCCAAAUUUAAAAGGGAAAAUGGCAGAUUCACAAGUGAUCAAGGCACUUAUGCUCGACCUGGCCAUGUUUAUCGAAGUAUAAACAGCGACAUAUCCUACUUCGGAGUGGGAGGAAAACAAGCAGUUUUCUAUAUUGGAAAGAAAGUCCGGGUCAUCAGUAAAUCGAGCAGCUACCCCGAUGUGCACGAGCUUAUUUUGUCCAAAGAAUUGUUUGAGAAAAAGGAGAGGAACAAAGAGGAAACUUAUGAGACCAAUAUUCUCAAUCGUAAAUCAUGUGACUCUUCACACAUUGGCAAAGAUGAGCGUUUUCUGUGUGACCUCAUCGCUGAGGAAUUUGGGCAGCAAAGCUUCACCGCUGUUGUGAUUACGGACGUUUUGCCAGAACACAUUCGCUUUCUCAAGGAGGAGAUUGAUGUGUGGACCAGGCAGAUCGCACACAUAUAUCAUUAUUAUUUACAUGGACCCAAUGGGAAUACUCAAGGCAAUGUUUCACAAAGCAGCUAUCCAGAUUCUGAACAUACGUCCAAGGUCGACAUCCGGAUCUUGUGCAAGACCAAAAAGUAUCCCGACGUAUUUCAUCUCAGAGACAUUGGCACAGACUUGCAGAGCUUGUACGUAAAGGCAGCCGUUUCAACUUUUGAGUUUAAAGCGUGCACUAACCCUGAGGCCGGGUUGGUGGAGGGGGUAAUACGAUACCACCCCUUCCUCUACGACCGAGAGACGUACCCUGAGAACCCGGAUGUGGUCCACGAUUUGACCGAGGAAGAUAAUGAGGAUGAGCCUGAUAUGGAUCCACCCUCCAAAAAGCAAAAGAAGCCGGUCUUUGAAUGUUAUUGGAACGGACGUCUCAUUCCAUACACAACAGUGCAAGAAUUUGAUUGGUGCAGCCAGCCGCCGAAAGGAUCCCCAGUUCCCGCUGAGUGCUACAAUCGCUUCUCCGGAGUGCUCUUUACAGAUGACACAUUCAAAGUUACAGAAAAUAAAUUUACUUUCUUAGACCUGGAGCAGAAAAUGAAAAACAAAGACACAAUCUUCACUGUUGUUGUGAAGGGGCAGAAACAAAGAGCAAACCUCCAGAGGGAUUUUGUUCAGUGGCUGCAGCACUGUCAUGAAAAAUAUGACAAACAAGUAAAGUUUAUGGACUUCAAGGGCUCAACCACUCGAGAGGAUUUAGCCACAAAGAAGAACCAGACACCAUGGGCCACAUUCUCCUCAGUUGAAUGGGGUGGAAAAACGUUCAAGACUGGUGACUAUGUCAAGUCUUUAAAAACCAAUCCAAUUUACAACGGCAGAGUGAUUCGCUUCCUGUUGUUCGGAACACACGAUGAGGACAGGCCUGUGUAUGGUUGUGGAGGUCACGUAGAAAUAAGUUUGGAACCCAAAGGAUUAUAUGAAAACACAAAAAUUUUACUUCUGUCCAAACUCGACCAGAAUGCAACCGUUGAGGAAAUCAUGGCAAACAUAAAAAACGAGGAUGCAAAGCUUCCAGAUAAACUGAAGGUUGAAUGGCCAGAAGGAAACGAGUGGUUGGACAACACGACCAUCACAGCAGGAUCUGUGUUGGGACCAAUUCAGGUAAUGGUUCUGAAUAAAAAGGGAGAACACAUAUCCAAGCUGCCGGGGAAAAAACAGUCAGGCAAAAGGCUGUCAGUUCAACUCAGAUUGGUGCAUCAUGUCUCCAAUAAAGAUCGAGAACUCUUUUUACUGGAAGCUUCACAUGGCAGCACCUGGGGUUAUUGGUUCAAAGAAAUUGCUAACAUUGUUGAGCUCGGAAAGUAUACGUUGCAUUUACGUACAAUUGUGACCGAGUCAAAAGCCCUGGAAUUUGGAGGACUGAGUCUUCCAAGUUUUAAACUUCGGUUUAACAUCAAAGCGGAUGUGGCAGAUCAGUUUGAUGUAGGUAAAAUAAACUCAACUUUUCGUCUUGGAAUACCCUUCAGUAUUCCAUUGGAGUUUAAGGACAAAUAUGGACAUGUUGUUUGCGCUCCCCCACACCUGAAACCUACGCUUCAGUGCAGUGGCUUGAGUGUCACUUAUGAAAAAGUGGAAUGUCAAACCAAGAGUUCUUGUCACAUCAAAAAUGUCAAAAUAACAGGAAAACUCGAUUGUCAUGAACCAAACUGCUACAACCUCAAGGUGACGCUCCACGAUCUCACACAGCCUUCCAAAACACUGCAGAUUAAUCUACUUCCUGGCGCCCCACACUCCAUCUUUGUAACUCCUAAAGAACUUCCAAUUGAGGUGGAAAACGGCAACACUGUUAAAUUCACGGUUUUUGUCCAUGAUGAGUCGGGAAACGUCACAGCGGCGCCCAAUCUGACUGCUCGAUGCUUGGUCGCACAACACGAACCAGCCACCAUCAACUGCGUCACUGGAGUCGGAGAACAUGUGACCGCACCCAUCAAUGUGUCCCUCACCAAAGGAAAUCCACAAAAAGUUAUAAUUCGAUUCAACGUCCCUAAUCGAAGCACCAUGAAGGAAGUCACUCGCCAGCUGCUCGUAAAGCCCAGCAAACGAGUCAACUGCAUUAAGAUCUUUAAAGCCGAUGAAAGUCUGGAGCUGAAAAAUGAAGAGAAGAUCAACUGGAUGGCUGGAGCUCUGCUGGAAAACCUCACAUUCAAACUUUAUGACGAGUGCAACAGCGAGGUUCCCGUCACAGCUGCUGUGGCUUCAAAGAUCAAGGUUAACUGGAAAGGAAAGUUGAAUCAGCAAGAAUUGAUGGAAGGCAAACUCCCGGAUGUGACGGUUCCGACCAAAGUGGCGACUGUGCAGUUUUACCAAGUUUCGUAUCAAGACCAGAGUAUCUCUGUCUCCUUCACCGUCGCGCCUAUUCCAGAUGAGCCUAAACAGUUGAAAGCUUCAGUUCCACAAUGUUCUGCUAAACUUGGGGAGAUUCUUCCGGAGCGCAUAACCCUGCAGCUUGUGGACCAGUAUGAGAACGUGGUAAGGGCUCUGACGCAGUCCUGUGUGACUGAGAUGAUCGCAGAUGGGGAGGGUUUGGACAAAGAAUCCUUAAUCUUCCAUUUUGAGGAGCAGAGCUGUUCCGUUGUCGUGACUGGCGUCGGACUCAAUGUGGCCGCUGGAGUUCCUGCAAAACUUACCUUGCUCGCUGGGCAGAAGUUUUUGAAUGUUUUGAAUGGCCAAGGGAUUCCUGCACCAUUUAUCAUCCAGCUGUGUGACCAGUGGGGUAAUCCCUCCCCAGACCGGAGGGUUGUCGUGAAAUUGGCGCACUUAAAUGGGAUAAAUGUUUCUUCCAAUGUGUCAUCGCAGCCUGUGAAUGCAGAGGGGCAGGCUUCCUUCACUGUCAAAUGUGUGAGCGCGCCAAAGGGAACUUAUGAGUUGCGUUUUCAAGCACUGUUCAAAAAGGAGCCAAUCCCCGGUCCCACUGUCAAUCUCACUGUCCUUCCUGAUCCCAAUAAACCGGUCAGUUUAGACGUCCAUUAUGAAACCAAGGCCACUUUUGUCGCUGGAGAAGUAUUCCCUGUAUUUUCAGUGACUGUUCUGUCGGACGAAGGCAGCCCAAUGUUAAGCCGACAAGCCGUGUCCAUGCACUACUGGAAGGGAGAACAAUCAAACACACCUCCGAAUACAGCUGUUGAGUUCCAGUGCUCUGCACCCAAGGAGAAUGAUAAGAAGGACCGAUUUUAUUUCAGAGAAAAGCCAAUCCCUGGACGCGUCGGAACAUAUAGCAUCCAGUUCUCCCUCUGUGACCCAAAGAGCAAAACGACGUUGCGCAGUGAUCCGAUUGUUGUCAACGUCGUGGCAAACCGGCCGAUGAAGCUGGGUCCGGAGAGUCCGCCUGAAACUCAAGUCGUUUCUUGCAGCAACGACAUUGCCAAAAGAAUCUUGGUGGAGGACAUGACACUGGUGAUCAUGGAUCAGUACGACAACCCGGCUGGGCAAAAUCUAAACGGGGAUGUUCUCAUUUGUAUCAAAAACUUGGACAACAAUAGUCAAGAACCAAUUCCUUUGUUUGACGAUAAUACUAAUAACUGUUUGAUUAAGCUGGAGAAUGGAACGGCUCGUGUUUCUAAAUUGGCCAUACAGAAGAAAAGUCCUGGGAAACAUGGACUUACGUAUAGGGUCGUCUUCACUCCACAACUCGCUUCAAACAUUUCCACAAGUCUGGAAUCUUACGUUUUUGAGUUCUGUUUUUCCAACGAUGAAGAGAACCAGAAGGAGCAUAAAGCACUGCGCAGAGAAGGAGAAAGAAUCAAAGAAGCGAUUAUGUCCAUUAAAAAGAAAGACAAAAUCCAUGAAAAUUUGAUUAAAGAAUACAAAGUUAUGUUGCAAAGACUUUGUGAGCAGGAGGCGGCGAUUCAGAAUGAACUCCGAAUAAAGUGGAACAUGAACGUACCAGAGAAUAUUGAAACGCUCGACAACAUGGUGAUUACGAAGCGUCAUGAGGCCAGCAAUAUUCUGCACAGGCCCAGAAGAGCGUAUGGCAAAUCGAACGACUUCACUGGGCCAGAUGUUUUGGGAAGGGUGGGUCACUUGGCGCUCGUGUCCGAUGACUCCGCAGCCUGGGUGAUCUCGUGGCACAUCAGGGGUGACAUGGACUGCGUCAUCACCACGACAACGGCGGCUGCGCGGAGGAUCUACGACCAAACCAAAGGAAGGCAGCAAGUUAUGCCCAUCGACGCAAUCAACAACUCCUGCAGAAGACCGCUACAACCGUUACCCCACAUACGGCACGAUCGCGAACUGUUUCAGCCCACGGGACGACCAAUGUAUGCGAUCGAUGCUCUGACUUAUACUGACCCCAAAAACCAAGAACAGUGUGCGACAGUGUUUAGGAACGUCCUUGGAAACGUCAUUUUGAUUGACGACCUGGACUCGGGAAGCCUCUACAGACAGAACGCCGUGAAAUGCAACGUAAUGUGUCCCACCAUCUUGACCCGACAAGGCGAGCGGAUCAGCGGCAAGGGCAAGUUUGGGGGUGCACAGAACAGGGCCCCUCCCCCGCAUACGUUGGACAUGUUUGGGGCGCCCCUACCUGACCACUUCCACACUAUACAGCAGAUCAUAGUCCUGCUCGAGAAGUACAAAGAGAUUAUUGGAAAGAAGGAUUCGUGUGCAAAAGAUAUCGCUGAGAUCACCCCAAAGAUGAGAGAGUCUAGAGAGUCUUUGGGGAGUAUGACCCGACAGCUGCAGGAGAUUCAGACACAAAUCGACACUCCGCUUAGGCCUAAAAGAGAAUGUGAGGACGGCUGUGGUGAGAUGUCAGACACGGCUGCCAAAAGGACAAAAUUUGGGCCAUGA